AUGGCUGAAGAAGUUUCAAAGACAAGCACAACUCAAGAGGAAGUGGCGGUCGCUGACGUGGCACCUACUGAGAAACCAGACAACAACGUUGUUGUUUCCCUGGAGAAAGACGCACCCCAAGAAGAAGAAAAAGCAUCCCCGGAGAAGGAGAACAUUCCUGAAACUGAGACGGAGGUUUCCAAAGAUAACAUUCCGGAAUCAGGUUCGUUCAAGGAAGAAAGCACCAUUGUCUCCGACCUACCGGAAACCGAGAAAAAGGCAUUGCAAGAACUCAAACAACUCAUUCAGGAAGCACUCAACAAACACGAGUUUUCUGCGCCUCAGAGUAACCACCCUCCCAAAGAUGAAAAAUCCGAAGAUGCCACCGACUACAAGGAAGAACAAAAGCGCGUGGAGGAAGAGAAGGAACACGUUGUUCAUGCUGAUGCUGCUGAGGUGGUAGAAUCGACAGAAAAAGAAGCUGCGGAAGUGAAGGAAACUGAGGUUGUUGACGAAAAAGUGGCUGUUACUGAUGCUGCUUCUGUUGUGGAGGAUGGAGCCAAAACGGUAGAGGCGAUUGAGGAGAGCGUUGUAUCUGUGACUGUGUUAGAGGAAGAAGCGAAGGUGGAAGCUGCUUCUGCUUCCCCCGAAGAGAUUUCGAUUUGGGGAGUGCCGCUUCUUGCUGAUGAAAGGAGCGAUGUGAUUCUGCUGAAGUUUCUUCGUGCGAGGGACUUCAAGGUGAAGGAUGCGUUUGCGAUGAUAAAGGGGACGAUUCGGUGGAGGAAGGAGUUCGGGAUGGAGGAGUUGUUGGAGGAGGAUUUGGGGGAUGAUUUGGAGAAGGCGGUGUACAUGCAUGGGUUUGACAAGGAGGGUCACCCUGUGUGUUAUAACAUCUAUGGGGAGUUUCAGAACAAGGAAUUGUACAAGAAGAGUUUCUCUGAUGAGGAGAAGAGGCACAGAUUCCUCAGGUGGAGGAUUCAGUUCCUGGAGAAGAGUAUCAGGAGGCUUAAUUUUACCCCUGGAGGGAUAAGCACCAUUGUUCAAGUCAAUGAUCUCAAGAACUCUCCUGGACCUGCCAAGUGGGAGCUUAGACAGGCUACCAAACAGGCCCUGCAGUUGCUUCAGGAUAACUAUCCUGAGUUUGUAGCCAAACAGGUGUUUAUCAAUGUGCCAUGGUGGUAUUUGGCAGUGAACAGGAUGAUAAGCCCUUUUCUUACUCAGAGAACCAAAAGCAAGUUUGUCUUUGCUGGCCCUUCCAAAUCAGCUGAGACUCUUCUGAGAUACAUUGCUGCGGAGCAACUUCCGGUCAAGUAUGGUGGACUAAGCAAAGAUGGGGAAUUCGGAAUUUCCGAUGCUGUUACAGAAAUUACAGUGAGGCCAGCAGCAAAACAUACUGUGGAGUUUCCAGUUACUGAGAACUCCCUACUGUCUUGGGAACUCAGAGUAAUAGGGUGGGACGUAAGCUAUGGUGCAGAGUUUGUGCCAAAUUCAGAGGGAAGCUAUACUGUGAUCAUCCAGAAGGCUAGAAAGGUUGCUUCAUCAGAAGAACCGGUGCUUUCCAACAAUUAUAAAAUUGGUGAACCUGGGAAAGUGGUUCUCACUAUUGACAACCAAAGCUCUAAGAAGAAGAAACUCUUGUACCGCUUGAAGGUCAAGCCCUCCUCUUCUGAUUGA